AUGGCAGAAACAAAGUAUUCGUGUCACAUUUCCAACCUCAAGGAAUUAAAAGAUAAAAUGAGCACAAUGUAUAAGAUACAAUCCGAUGAGCAGCAGCAGGAAAUACCUUCGCAGUGGGAAACAAUUUACUGUAAUGUAAAAAGUGUGAUUGACCAACUUAAAAUACAUAACCUGAAAGCUCAAGGUUUGCAGCACACCGAACCGUGGUCCGAAAAGGAUAUGGUAAAUUUAAUAAAGAUCCUUGAGCUGACCUACACUUGCUUGAAGGAUUGCGGUUACAUCAACCAGUUCACAGAGGUUCACGAUGAAAUGAGCAAGGCGAGCAGUACCACAGCCCAGCAGCCUACAUUUGGUGAACAAAUGGCCAAACUCAAGCAACAGAUUGAUCUUGUAUCGUUCGAAGUAACUAAGCUAAGGAAAGUGAAAGAGGCUCUCGAUAACAUCUACUCUAAUUAUAAUAUGGAACUCGCUGUAUCAUCAAGUGAGCAGAAUAAUGAAGAAGAAGCAGAUGAUGUUUUUAAUUGA